AUGUCUUACCAGCAGCAGCAGUGCAAGCAGCCCUGCCAGCCACUUCUUGUGUGCCCACCUAAGUGCCCAGAGCCGUGCCCACCCCCAAAGUGCGUGGAGCCAUGCCCACCCCCAAAGUGUGUGGAGCCAUGCCCACCCCCAAAGUGCGUAGUGCCGUGCCCACCUCAGCCAUGCCAGCAGAAAUGCCCUCCUGUGCAGCCUCCUCCACCUUGCCAGCAGAAGUGCCCACCUAAGUACAAGUAA